AUGUCUGUUGCAACACCAACCGUCCUUCCCCGUAAUUCAUUAUUCCCGGAUCUCAUGACAAGGCAGCCCAAACAGCCUUACCCGACGCCAAAAGCCCCAUGCGGGCGAUACCAGGGCCCUAUGAAACGCAACUUUCAACUGGAGAUGACCCAACUAGAUGAGGAGGAGAGCGAACUAGAAAGUCUCAUACAGAUGCGCAGGAAUAGAGGUCAAGAUUAUAUGGUGCCCAUGGGCAAACUCUUGACUCGAUCGGAAGAAACGACCGAGACUGGCGAGGACGAUCCUGAUGGUGACGGAAGUGAGGUGUCAGGGUCGGACCAGUCUCUUGGGCCAGGUCAUUCUGGUGCAGAAGAAGAGAACGACGACUCCGCUGUGGACUUGGACGCUGACAUGGAAGACAUGGACGAACCGAUGGGCGAUACUACUCAAGAAACGGAAGAUCUGGAUGAAGGGGACUCGGAUGAUUUCGAGGAAGAACCCUCAGACGUGUAGCCUUUAGAGCCACACCGUUUCUAUGAAUCACCUUCUGAGCUCAUUGCUACAUUUCGACGCAUAUCCCUUGCCCGCGCAAGGCAAUACACCAUCUGCAUCAUGUUCCUUUUGCAUCUCGCGUUACUCCGGCCGCGAUGUACAUAGGUCUGACCGACUCCUGAUAAAAUUAUAGUGCUAGUGCUAUACAAUGCUCUACAUGAUAUAAAUACUAUACAAUAUCAGGAUAUUCAAGCAAUCAAAUCUCGUACAUCCGCCAUCGAAUGCC